ACGUUUGGUUCAUCGAGACUGAUGGGAGGAGAAUCCAAUUGCUUCUUCUUCUUCGUGAUGUGACUUCUGGGCGGCGGCGGCGGCGGCGGUUAGUGAGUGCAGGACAAAGAGAACUUUUCUUUCUCAUCCAUUGAUCGCUUGGGUCGUUGAAGAGCAUGUAUACUAUAAAAAGGAGAAGAAAAGAAGGCUUUUCUAUUAAUUUUCUUGUUCCGAAGAAGCCAAUCCACUGGAAAGACUGCAGGGCGGACCAAGUUUUGUGCCGAGGACACAGGAAGAAGGGGCACUCGGAUGCUGCUCGUGGCCAAUGGAUUCGUAAACGAUAGUGUGCAGAGGCGCAUGGAUCCCCUGUUUCGGAGAGGAUUGUCCACGCAAAGGUGUUCGACCAAAUGCCUCACCCUCGAUCACUGAAUGGUUAAGUGAGGCAGCACCUCAUACUCGAUGAUCGUAGGAGCCUGUAGGGCGUGGUUUGCAAGAACCUCAGGCGAAAAGACGAUAUAGCGCAGCCUUGGAGCUCGUUGGUCCAAUUAGAUUUACAGUAACACAUUGUUGCCUUUCACAUGAACAUUGUCGUCAUUUCAUCUUGAUUUCUUCCCUUCUUUUAUAUUUGAUUUCUGCUCUCUAUUACAAAGCGAAGUGCAACUCUGAACACAACUUUCUCUCGCAAGCGUCUCUCUGCUUGUCGAUGCCUUCCGCGGCGAGAUUUCUCCUGACGGAAUCUGAACAGUUACCGUCGUUUCCGCCGUCGGAGUCGGUCCCCAUCGACACGGAUGUGGUGGUGGUCAUCGCCGCCCUUCUCUGCGCCGUGGUCUCAGUCGCGGGGCUUGCCCUUGUCGCCCGCUGCGCCUGCCUCCGGCGCUCGCCCGUGCUGCCGUCCAACAAGGGCCUCGAGAAGGAGGCUUUGCGGGCGCUGCCGACGAUUUCGUACGGCGCCGGCGGCGGGGGCCUGGUGGAGUGCCCGAUCUGCCUAGCGGAGUUCGAGGAGGGGGACGACCUCCGGGUGCUGCCGCAGUGCGGCCACGGGUUCCACGUCGGGUGCGUCGACGCGUGGCUCCACUCCCACUCGAGCUGCCCGUCCUGCCGCAGGGUGCUCGUCGUCGCCGCACCACUGUCCCGGUGACGGGGUCCAGUACGAGGUCCGUCGACGCCAAGGGAGUUUGGAGUGACCUGUUGCGUUAUGCAGUAUGUCAGUAGCAGAACAGUAUCGUGUAAAAAUAAUAGAAAUUAAAGAAGAAAAAAAAUCCAAAAAAUCCAUAUUUCUCGUA